AUGCAGGGGAUCUUGGGAAGAAGCGCAUCCAUGACGAUGGGAAGUUAUCCUCGAAGUGAUAUAUAUUUUUCUUCUGCCCCGGGCUCUCAAUUCCUGACCUCUGUUGAUUCGAAUCUGUCCACCACGAUUCAAGAAGAAAGUCUUACAGGGUCUCAGGAGCCGGUAACACCGACUUUGGAGGACGGAGAAGAGAUUGAGCAAUUAUUACGAAAUUCGGGCGAAGUCCAGUGGUUUGAGGUUCGCGAUAUGAAGUCGAAGAGAUUGUUUUAUUUUAACAACGUUACUCAAAUAUCGCAAUGGGAACGUCCUGUUGGUGUGAAUAUUGUCCGAAUCAAUCAGACGGGCAGCGCAGUGAUCUUGGGGAGCGGAGUAUUCGAAAAGGAUUACUCGCAUCAACUGGGAGAGCAGUUUCAACCACAAUCCUUUGCAAACCAAGCAGGUCAUAUGAUCGAUCCCAUCAAAUCGUACCAGGCCGAGGUGUUUAAGGAAAAAGAUCACAAUGCAGACUCGACUACAGUGGGCGAAUCGGAACGAACUCCGAUAGAAGGCGAUUUCAUCAAGCAGAUCGACACCAAUACAUACGAAAGCUUUGUGGACCGUCAUUUCCUGCUGUAUCGUCGCGGCAUUCUCAAGAGCAAAGUGAAGCGCGACAAAGUCAUGCAGUACAAAUCCGUCCCCAUCAAAAAGCCCCUUCUAAAAGAAGCCUUGAUCUGUAAAAACUCGGCCGUUCAAAUCAACUCCUUGAUUCUUCGCUACGUUCAAGAGACCGAUACCGACACCAACACCGCCCUUCUGAGUUCCUACCGAAUCAUCCGACAGAUCAUCUCUCUCGUUAUGGAGAACUACCAGAUUCUCCGCAACGAAGUCUACUGCCAGCUAUUGAAAACGAUGACUUGCUAUGACCAGAGCGUGCUCUACAGCGCCUGGAUGAUUCUAGCCGUCGCGUGCAGCUCCAUCGCUCCGAUCGAAGAGCUGUACGCCCACGUCAUCAACUUCUGCGCGGCUUCGUAUACGAACGAUUACCUCGAUAAACUGCCCAUCGUGAGCGCGAAACUGCUCCGAAACACGAUGGUUUUGAAGCGACGCCACGAAGUGCCAACGAACGCAGAGAUGGCUGCGAUUUUAAAUGAGAGUUUUGUGACCGUUCGCGUCUAUCUUUACAACGGCAGUUUUAUCAAUAUGAAAGUGACUCCAGGAACGACGGUCAAUCAGCUUCAGAAGAGUAUUGGGCGGAAGCUGAGGCUUGGAGAGAACGAGCAGUACUUCCGGCUCUUUGAGUGUCGUUCUGACAAUCUGGAAAACCCGCUGGAAGGCGAAAUGCAGGUUUUGGAUCGUGUUGCGAUGUGGCAGCGAUUGUAUGUGGAUAGUAAGAAGCGAGGGAAGGAGUUGCUAACGUACUUUUUCGUCUAUCACACCUAUCUGUUUGUGGAUUUGGAUCCGAGUUGCCCUUCGCAAGUGGAGCUGAUGUUUAUCCAGGCGAUCUACGAUAUGAAAACGUGUCGCUAUCCGUGCACGCUGAUCGACAUGAUCACUCUGCUUGCGUUGUAUCUUCGGAGUCGCGAGGCGAUCGACAUUUAUAUCCCAAAUCUCGAGCAAUCCGACACGGAACUCGAUUUUAUAAAAGAGAAACUGAAGCUCUUCUACUCCAAACUGCAGAAGCGACCGCGCGAAUGGUACGUGAAUGCGUACUUGGAGUAUGUGAUGAGUUGGGAGUUGUACGGAAUCGUAAUUUUUGAUGCUGAACCAGUGGGGAGAAUGGAUUUAGGAGAGAACUGUACUCUAGCAAUCGGCAGAUAUCGCGUUUUUAUAAUCGACAGAGAUACAAAAUUAAUCUAUCGGCAAAUUCCUUUUGAUGCGAUCCCCUCAUGGGAUUAUUCAGACGAGACCUUUACAUUUUAUGUCGGUUCGUUCGUACGGCAGGAAAAGUUGAUGUUUGGGACUCAUGAAGGGAAGCAGAUUCAUGAGCUGCUCCGUGAAUAUGUUACAUAUGGUGUGAGAAAGAUGGAAAAUACAGAUUCAUAA